AUGGCUACGACAGUUGCCCGCCCAGCCAGGAGCUGGAUCACCUUUCCCCCCACCAUGUCCCGCAUCUCGGAGGAGAUCCGUCAACCCACCUUGCUCCUGGGGCAUGGGACUCCCGACCUGGCUGAACGAGUGUCUUCCUACCUCAUGCCUCAGGAUGUGUCCACGAGAGGAGCUAAGCCCACACGCAGGACACAGUUCGUCCACUUCAUCGUGAAGCCGCAGCUGGAGAACCGCUAUGGCUACAAGCUCUUCCUGGACGAGCAAACCAUCCUGCCCAACUCAGAGCCCUCGGCCGACCUGAUCAUGAACGUGAGCCGGUGCCGGCGUCUCAUCGUGGUGCUCUCCGUCGCGUACCUGGAGCAAGACUGGUGCAACAGCAGCUUCAGCACUGCCACGGCUCCGGCUGCCGGCGCGCCGGAGGACGCCCAGCUGAGGGACGCCCAGAGACCCGAGCUCGACGUCUCCGACCUGGGCUCGCGCAACUAUGGCGCCCGCACAGACUUCUACUGCCUGGUGACAGAAGAUGACAUCUGA